CUCCCAACGGGCUCCGGUGGUUUGGACAAGAUGAGCUCGAUCGGAACCGGGUAUGAUCUAUCAGCCUCUACAUUCUCUCCUGAUGGAAGAGUUUUUCAAGUUGAAUAUGCUAUGAAGGCUGUGGAAAAUAGUAGUCUUACAGCUAUUGGGAUCAUAUGCAAAGACGGUGUUGUCUUUGGGGUAGAAAAAUUAGUUCUUUCUAAACUUUAUGAAGAAAGUUCCAACAAACGACUUUUUAACGUUGAUCGGCAUGUUGGGAUGGCAGUAGCAGGUUUGCUGGCAGAUGCUCGGUCUUUAGCAGACAUAGCAAGAGAAGAAGCUUCCAACUUUAGAUCUAACUAUGGCUAUAACAUUCCACUGAAACAUCUUGCAGACCGAGUGGCCCUGUACGUACAUGCUUAUGUACUCUACAGUGCCGUCAGACCCUUCGGCUGCAGUUUCAUGCUUGGGUCUUACAGUGUGAAUGAUGGUGCACAGCUCUACGUGAUCGACCCUUCAGGUGUUUCAUAUGGUUAUUGGGGCUGUGCUAUUGGUAAAGCCCGGCAAGCUGCAAAGACAGAAAUAGAGAAGCUUCAGAUGAAAGAAAUGACCUGCUGUGAUGUUGUUAAAGAAGUUGUAAAAAUAAUUUACAUAGUACAUGAUGAAGUUAAGGAUAAAGCUUUUGAACUCGAGCUCAGCUGGGUUGGUGAAUUAACUAAAGGAAGACAUGAAAUUGUUCCAAAAGAUGUAAGGGAAGAAGCAGAGAAAUACGCUAAGGAAUCACUGAAGGAAGAAGAUGAAUCAGAUGAU